AGGCGAGCCCCCGGCGGCGGCCGUCGCGCCGUCACGUGGCUCCGCAGCUCCGCUCCCUCCGCGCUCCGCCAUGGCUGCGGCGGCUGCCGCCGGCUCGGUGCUGCUCUGCCUGCUCGGCCUGGUGCUGCCCGGCGGCAGCACGCUGCACACCAAGGGCUCCGUGCCGCUCGACACCAUCACCUUCUACAAGGUUAUUCCAAAGCAUAAGUUUGUCCUUGUGAAGUUUGACACACAAUAUCCCUAUGGUGAGAAACAAGAUGAGUUUAAAAAGCUGGCGGAGAGCUCGGGCUCCAGUGAGGAUCUGCUGGUGGCUGAAGUGGGAAUAUCAGAUUACGGUGAUAAACUGAACACUGAGCUGGGAGAAAAGUACAAGCUGGACAAGGAAAAGUUCCCUGUUUUUUACUUGUUCCAGGAUGGUGACUUUAAAAAUCCUUUACUUUAUGGUGGUGAGAUCAAGGCUGGAGCUAUUCAGCGCUGGCUGAAGACUAAUGGCAUCUACCUGGGGAUGCCAGGCUGCCUGAAGGAGUAUGAUGUGCUGGCCAGCAAAUUCAUGAGCACCACAGAGAAAUCUGAUCGCCAGGCCCUCCUGAAAAAGGGCCAGGAGAAUUUAGGAAAAGCAAAAGAAACCGAGAAGAAGUCCGCAGAGCAAUACUUGAAAAUUAUGAGCAAGAUCUUGGAGCAGGGAGAGGAGUUUGCUGCUAACGAAGUCGUCCGAAUCACGAAGCUGAUCGAGAAGAACAAGAUGAGUGAUGGAAAGAAGGAGGAGCUCCAGAAAAGCCUCAACAUCCUCGCUUCUUUCAGGAAGAAGAAUAGUGAAAAAGAUGAGCUCUGAUGUGUUGGAGAACUCUUCUACAAGCUGUGAAACAUUUUGUCAAGAGUCCUAAGCAGUUCUCCUUAAUGCAAGCAAACUUCCCGCUGACUUCAAGAGGGCAGCAGAUCUCCUUCUGGGAUUCUCAGUUUAGAAGAUCAAGAGGAAGACAUUCCUUAAAAACACAGUAUUGUAAAUGUUGGGAAAAUCACCUGAGAGCAAGACACAGCAAGUAUUGUGUAAUGCUAUCCAAUAACAGUGUUAAAGCAGACAACCAAAAAAAAAAAAGCUCUAGAUUGGCUGGAAGCUCAUUCCUGGUGGUUUUUACAGCUGUUCCCUGGCUGACAAAUAACAAUUCACUCUCUUAUUCCAUCUUACAUGCUGGAAAAGGUACAGAUUGGGUGCCCUCUACUUCCCCACCUUUCCCUGUCCGUAAAUUCCUUGGGUUUUAUGCUUGUUAAUCUACCCCUUGCACUCCUUGUGUUGUCCCACUUUGGCUCUAAGUCUUGUUCUUACCUGUUGUUGACUAAGAGACUCAGAGCUUCCUUUUUCUGCCUUCCCCUUCCAUGGCUUCUGUCCCUGUUUGCUUUGGGUAUCAGCCAAAUGCUGGCAGUGAAGACAGUUCACAGCUUGCCCCUCAUUUUCUGUCCAGAGCAGCCAUUUCAUUAAAUAUUCUCCUGAAAUCUUUUGUGAUACCUUGACAGUGAAGUGAGUUCUGAGCAAGGGCAGAGUCUCCUUGAGGUGCUAUUACACUCAGUCUCACCAGUUUGUGCAAAAACAUCGGGUUUUCAGAGGUAAAUUUGGAUGAGUUUUCUUACAGCUGAAGAGGUGUUUUACCUGUCCAAACUUUCAUGAACAAAAUGUUUUUUCUAGCCUCCAGAAACAAUUGACACUCUCAAACGAAAGCCUCAUCAGUGUUUGGUAGUUCUGAAUAUUUGAAAAUGAGGUCUUGUAAGAGGAAGCAGAAGUAUUUGUGUCCUUAGAAGCCUCAUCUGUGUUAUUUAAAAGGAGAUGCCUGGCCCAAGGAUCAGGUCAGUCCUCAGAACUGUGCAGUUCACACUCUGUGGAAUUCAGAUGCCUCUGGAAGAUGCUGAAGCCCUGGUCAGGGUGACAGAGUUGAAAAGAGAAACACCUGUGAGUUUUACCUUAAAAGUAUGCUUUAAACAAAACUGAUUCCUGUGGGAGCUUUGCUGCCUUUUGAAUCUUGCGGUGGGUACAAGGAGCAGAUGUUGCUGCGAGAUAAAAUGUAUUAAUAAUGCUAUAAUAAAAAAAAAAUUCCACUUCA